AUGUUCGAUACCUUGAAGAACUGGUUCUCGCCCGCCCAGGAGACCGAGAACAAAUGGAACGCUCGCAAUGUGGAAUUGCAGCAACCCAACGGUCCUUCCGGCCCUAGCAUGAAUAACGAGGCUGUCACUCAACAACCCGGGGGUCCCGAACAGAUGAACGUCCACAUGCGAGGUGGUGGUGAGGGUGAGGAUGUUUGCUGCGGAGUGUAA